GGCGCGCUCGCUGAUUGCGGCAGUGGUCAGCUUCUCUCUGCAAAAUAAUCACUUUUUUAUUUAUUUAUUCCCGCAUGCUGUUUUCUUUUCUUUUCUACAUUUCAAGUGCUGUCAAAUCAUAGCCUUAACCGACAUGGUCUAUCGUCGAUCCAGUAGGUUCUCCUAGCUAAAGGGGUGGAUGGUUAUUCAGAGAUUAUACGCUCCUCAUCACCAAACGGUGGGUACUCCGCUCCGGCGUCAUGCACAGCCACACAGCCAGGGAUGCAGCGCUAUAUCAAGGCAUAUAGAAUCAGGCCUUACUUGUUAAACUCCCCCUCCCCCCCCCCGAUCAAACCACCUCCCCUCAACGAGAAUAUCGUCGUGAUGGCCGUUGAAGAUGAACAACAACAACAUGGUCAGCUGAAGCUCAACUCGGUAUUGGGCUCUUUUCCAACACUAGUACCAGAACUCCAGGGCCCUGAGGCCAAUGCGUUGCAGUACAAAAUUAAGAAUUCAAUUUGCAAAUCUGUCCAGUCAAAAGUGGACAACAUAUUGCAAGAUGUUGAGAAGUUUACAGACAUCGAAAAACUCUACCUCUACUUGAAGUUGCCUUCUGGUCCCAGCAAUGGCAAUGACAAAAGCAUCGCUAGGACUGAGAACCAGAGAGCCUCCACUCCGGGACUAUGUGACCACAGUGGCAUGUCGUCCAGCCGAACACAGCAGAUGUACGCUUUCAACUGGAUCCGCAAUCACCUAGAGGAGCACCCUGAGACAUCACUGCCAAAGCAAGAGGUGUACGACGAGUACAAGAGCUACUGUGACAGUCUUGCCUACCACCCACUGAGUGCUGCAGACUUUGGAAAGAUCAUGAAGAACGUGUUUCCCAACAUGAAGGCUCGCCGCCUGGGCAUGAGAGGCAAAUCUAAAUACUGUUAUAGUGGACUGAGGAAGAAAGCUUUUGUUCACAUGCCUUCUCUGCCCAACCUGGACUUACAAAAAUCAGGCGUCGGGUGUGAGCCGAUGGAGCCGUCGUCGGGCCAGUCUCCCAGUGCGGAGGAUGAUAUGCGCUCAGCGGCCUGUGGCUUGGUGUGUGAGUGGGCUCAGAAGGUCCUCAGCAGACAUUUUGAUGCUGUGGAGGACCUGGCUCGCUUCCUGCUCAACAGUCACUACAUAGGAACCAAGUCUAUGGCUGCCCUCACCGUCAUGACUGGGGCUCCCACAGGUCUGAAGACUCCCACGCCAACCUCUGCGUUCGUGCCCACGUCCGAGGCCUCUUCCUUCCAGCCGCAGGUGAAGACGCUGGCCUCUCCCUCGGUGGACGCCAAGCAGCAGCUCCAGAGGAAGAUCCAGAAGAAACAGCAGGAGCAGAAGCUCCAAUCCCCCCUGCCUGGAGAGGCCCAGGGACAGAACCAGGCCAGGAGGACCGAGGCCAGCAACCCAGGGCCAGCUAUCCCCUGUGGAAGUCCUGCUUUGCUUUCACCACAACCUACCAUUGGUAUUGUGGUGGCAGCCGUCCCCAGCCCCAUCACGGUCCAGAGGAGCAGGCAGCUGAUGACAUCCCCUAGCCCGGUGGGGUCCGCCGAGGGGAAGGUCAUACCAACGGUUAACUUCCAGGUGGUCACCCACACCCAGUCUCUGACCCACAGACAGUCCCCUAAAACGCCCCAGAACAUCUCAGCCAGCCCCGUGGGAGACCGCCUGGCUAGGCACAGGUACCCCCAGAUCCUCCCCAAGCCCUCUGCCACGGGGGCCAUCACCCUGCGUUCGCCCCCCACCCUGCUCAUCACCAACAGCCCCAUGAAAACCCACCACGUGAUCCAGCCCCAGCUCAGCUCCCACGUCAACGUGGUCAAGAUGACCGCCAUCUCCCUGACCCCGAGCAACACUAUCAGUACCAGCAGUAAAAGUAUGGUCCUCAGGCCAGCUUCAGCCUCGGCCGGGGUGGGAACCACCACCACCUUUACCACCAUCGCUGCCCUAGAGGAGGUCCAGCAACAGGGACAGAGCCAGGGAGGCCCCACAGCCACCCCACAAUGCCCUGCAGUACGGCCUGGCGCCCCAGUCUCCACAGUGGCUCCUGAGGCCAUCAUCACUGACAAUAACCCGGGCGUUAACUCUGAUAAACUGAGCACCAUACAGAAGUCCCCCGGUGGGUCCAAUCGUCCAGAGAGGGCCACUGAGUACCGAGCGUCCAGCGAACCCUCGCUCCUGGUCAUAUGCUCCCCAGGACCUGAAAGAGUUGCCGCCAGGAGCAAAAGCUACCCUUCCUCUAGCUCCCCUCCCACCUCUGCCACCAAUGCAGCAACUAUUAGGGUAGAGACCAAGCAGGACAGCAGCACCGCCAACUGUCACCAAGAAAGUCCUUUUUAUCUGACUGUUGUGCCCUCGGCCAAUCGGAACACUCCUAGCAUCAGCGGAAAGUCCUCCUCGUCCAAUGGCUUAUCGGCUGUUAGCCUACUGUCUGCUAGAGACUCCUCCCCCUGUGCGUCACGUUCUAUGAGUCCCCAGAAGCGAACCGGCCCUGGUCUGGAUUCCUCCCACGUAAUCCCUGUGAAGCGUGUCUUCAUCUCCCAGCAACCUUUGGGUGUGACCUUUGACCCCAAACCAGUGGUUACCGCCGCUGUCAAGAGGGUCCCAGCCAGACAAAGCACGCCGGCCCGACCGGAGAGUGCCCCCUGUCGAGUGACGGUGAAACAACACCUAGUGCCCACGCAGGUCUUGGCGCCGUCUGACUCGCCCAUCGCGAACGCAGAGAUCUCCUCCUUCUCCUCUCAGACUGUCAGUGUGAAGCCCCAGUCCUCCUCGUUGCUGCUAGUUAAACAGGAAGACCAGUCCUCUCUAACUCUACGUCUCAGCACUGUCAGCAGUCACACCAGCAGCACUGAAGCCUCUGGUACAACCACCACCGCAGUGUCUGAGCAGCAGCAGCAGCAACAACAGCAACAACGGCAGAAACAACAACAGCAACAACAGCAACAACAGCAACAGGCCUUACUACAGCAGAUCACAGCAGGGACAGUAGGAGCACAGCAACACUCUGUCUCUGCGAUGGCAGUAGAAGCACAGCAACACUCUGUCUCUGUGAUGGCAGUAGAAGCACAGCAACACUCUGUCUCUGUGAUGGCAGUAGAAGCACAGCAACACUCUGUCUCUGUGAUGGCAGUAGAAGCACAACAACACUCUGUCUCUGCGAUGGCAGUAGGAGCACAGCAACACUCUGUCUCUGUGAUGGCAGUAGGAGCACAGCAACACUCUGUCUCUGCGAUGGCAGUAGGAGCACAGCAACACUCUGUCUCUGUGAUGGCAGUAGAAGCACAACAACACUCUGUCUCUGCGAUGGGGAACAUGAAAAGCACAAUGUUGGAAGAGUCAGCCGCAGGAUAUGUGGAGGAGCUGCAGAAACAGGCCUUCACUCAGACCAUCGCAGCAGACCACACCAAGCAGCAGGCCCUGGGUUCUACCGACCAACACCAACUCUCCAACAUCAUGUCCCAGACCUCAGACUCCUCUGAUCAGUUAUCUGGCCUUCACCAGGAGAUGGUGGACUUUGCCUCCUCAGCCUCCCAGCACGGCUCCACCAUGAACCAACACCAACUCCCAAACAUCAUGUCCCAGACCUCAGACUCCUCUGAUCAGUUAUCUGGUCUUCACCAGGAGAUGGUGGACUUUGCCUCCUCAGCCUCCCAGCACGGCUCCACCAUGAACCAACACCAACUCUCCAACAUCACGUCCCAGACCUCAGACUCCUCUGAUCAGUUAUCUGGUCUUCACCAGGAGAUGGUGGACUUUGCCUCCUCAGCCUCCCAGCACGGCUCCACCAUGAACCAACACCAACUCUCCAACAUCAUGUCCCAGACCUCAGACUCCUCUGAUCAGUUAUCUGGUCUUCACCAGGAGAUGGUGGACUUUGCCUCCUCAGCCUCCCAGCACGGCUCCACCAUGAACCAACACCAACUCUCCAACAUCAUGUCCCAGACCUCAGACUCCUCUGAUCAGUUAUCUGGCCUUCACCAGGAGAUGGUGGACUUUGCCUCCUCAGCCUCCCAGCACGGCUCCACCAUGGACUACUUCUCCUUUAACGAUGACGAUAUGACCCAGGACAGCAUAGUGGAGGAACUGGUUCAGAUGGAGGAACAGAUGAAGCUGAAGGGCCUCCAGCCGUUGUUCAGUAGCUGUGUGGAUAAUAUCUCUCUCCAGGGACAGCCUGGGGGCCCCCAGGGGCCCAUCCUCAACACUCACCACCAGGAGGAUAGUUCCUCUUUCUACCAGUCUGCCCAUAGCAGCAUUACCCCCAUCCAGACCCCUACCCUGACUCCAACCCCUACCCCCACGGAGAUGACUCUCAGUGGGCACGAGCUGACCAGAGAGAGCCCCUGUUGCCAUCACAGCAUGGCCCCUAUCACACCCGUGGAGGGGCCUCUAGGAGGACGACACACCCCUAUAAGCGCUCUGUCUAACUGUUCUAGCGGCAUCCCUCCCAGCCCGGUGGAGUGCAGGAACCCGUUUGCCUUCACCCCUAUCAACUCCAGCAUGGCAGGGGGUUACCACAAUGCCUCCGUGGUGUCUGUCUCCUCCAGUCCCAUCAAGCCCAUGCAGAGACCCAUGGCCACGCACCCUGAUAAGGCUAAACUCGAGUGGAUCAACAACCGCUACAACAGUAGUGGUACUGAAGCUACUGGAGGAGUCGGAGCAGGUUCCGGGUCCGGGUUAUCCAUCUCUAACCACAGCCUUGGUGGACUCCUGCCUAGUUACCAGGAUCUAGUGGAUGACCAUUUCCGUAAGCCGCACGCCUUCGCUGUCCCGGGCCACAGUGGCCAGUCUUCCCAGGCCCAGUCCAGACAGCGGGACGGCAGCCAUUUUGGACAUCUCACCCCCAUCUCUCCGGCGCAACAGCAGUUGACCAGCGUAUCGACCACACCCACCAACACGGCAAUCAAACAGGACGAGAGCUUCGCUGUGCCCGCCCCUUUGGACAGCAAGGGUGGAGCCUUGUCAUCAGGGGGCGGGGCGUUCCGUUGCCGUAGCGUCAGCCCCGCCGUGAGUGACAUGACCUUCAGCGGUACCGACACAACCCCCGACGCCGGCACUACCACUCGAUUGGUUGUCUCGCAGUUUAGUUCCCCAAUGACCUCACAGGAAAUACUCAUCAUUCUGUCCAACAGCCAAUCGGUGGGCGGCAACCUCCACAGCAUGGCCCAGCGCAGCCAAUCGGUGCCCUUAAACAUCAUGAUGCAGAGCGUUGUGGAGAUGCAGGGCAUCCAGGGACAGAACCAGAGUAAUGCCACUAAGAUCACCAACGUCCUCCUGAGUAAGAUGGACUCUGACGUGAACGACACUGUGAGGGGCCUGGGCAUCAACAACCUCCCUUCCAACUAUACCGCCCGCAUGAACCUCACCCAGAUGCUGGAGACCCAGUCUCAGAGUCAGACUGCCCCUGGGGGAGAUGGAGGAGGAGGGGGGAACGCCCACCAGUCUCAGCUGCAGACUGUCAUCUCCAGCCCUGCCUCUUUCGAGCUCCAGCAGCACGGGGGUUAUCUCACCAGUACCGGAGGAGGCGGUGGGGAGAUGAGCUUCAACCAAGCACAAUCAGGCCCUGGUGGUGAGGAUGUGGACCUGGAGCUACAGCAGAUCCAGGAGCUUCAGGAGGCCUCAGGACAGCUCCAUCUCCAGCUACUACAAACCCAGGCUAGGCUGCUCCUGAGUCCCCAGCUCCUGAGUCCCCAGCUCCACACUCCCCAGGCCCAGCUCCAGAGUCCUCAGCCCCAGCUCCACAUUCCCCACACCCAGCUCCACAUUCCCCACCCCCAGCUCCACAUUCCCCAGGCCCAGCUCCAGAGUCCACAUACCCAGCUCCAGAGUCCCCAGCUCCAGAGUCCCCACACCCAGCUCCAGAGUCCCCACACCCAGCUCCAAAGACCCCAGCUCCAGAGUCCCCACACCCAGCUCCAGAGUCCCCACACCCAGCUCCAGAGUCCCCACACCCAGCUCCAGAUUCCCCAGCUCCAGAGUCCCCAGCUCCAGAUUCCCCACACCCAGCUCCAGAGUCCCCAGCUCCAGAUUCCCCACACCCAGCUCCAGAGUCCCCAGCUCCAGAGUCCCCAGCUCCACAUUCCCCACACCCAGCUCCAGAGUCCCCACCCCCAGCUCCACAUUCCCCAGGCCCAGCUCCAGAGUCCACACACCCAGCUCCAGAGUCCCCAGCUCCAGAGUCCCCAGCUCCAGAGUCCCCAGCUCCAGAGUCCCCACACCCAGCUCCAGAGUCCCCACCCCCAGCUCCACAUUCCCCAGGCCCAGCUCCAGAGUCCACACACCCAGCUCCAGAGUCCCCAGCUCCAGAGUCCACACACCCAGCUCCAGAGUCCCCACACCCAGCUCCAAAGACCCCAGCUCCAGAGUCCCCACACCCAGCUCCAGAGUCCCCACACCCAGCUCCAGAGUCCCCAGCUCCAGAAUCCCCAGCUCCAGAUUCCCCACACCCAGCUCCAGAGUCCCCAGCUCCAGAGUCCCCAGGCCGGGUUCCAACUCCUCCAGCCCAUCACCACCCAGCAACAGCAACAACAACAGGAUGAAGAAGACAAGGCACAACAACAGCUAGACUUCAACAGCACUGUCAAAGACCUGUUAGGUGAGGACGGCCUCAACGUCCACGCUGAAGGCCUCAACCCUAGCUCUCAGCUGGUUGGUCAGGUGACCUCGGAACUCAACGCCGCUGUGGCGUCCGACUUCACCGACGACAUCAGGCUGACCUCCGACCUCUCCAGUAGCAUCACAGACCUGAACACGUUGGACGCCGACCUCCUGUUCGAUCCGUCCAAUCAGCAGCAAGAACAGUACGAAGACGCCACACUGGAAGAGCUGAAGAACGAUCCUCUGUUUCAGCAGAUAUGUAGUGAUACGGUGAACUCCUCGUUCGACUGGCUGGAGUGCAAAGACCAGCCUACUACCGUAGAGAUGUUGGGCUAAUGAUGUUAUUGUGUGUGUGUGAACGAAUUGAAGCUCAUUCCCUUAUAUAGUUUACUAUGGGUCUUUGCCUAUUGGCCCUAGUCAGAAGCAGUGUACAAUAUAGGGACUAGGGUGUGUCAAUUCAGAUACAGACUGGCUUGAAAAUAAAUACGUAUAUUUAUGGGUUUUUGUUUUUUUAAUUGUUUUGUCAGGGGAAGAAAGAAACUUCUGGACUCUCGGCCGUUUGUCCAGGGAAAAGUGCCAGCCUAACCUGGAAAUCUCUUUUAUUGUUAAGAUAUCUGAGUCACAAUACAUUACCACUUAAUUUCACCUUCCUAUGAAAUCAUCAAUGAGUAUAUUUCAAGUGAGUGAAGAUAUGGUCCGGGAGACGUGGUCCGGGAGACGUGGUCUGUGAGACGUGGUCUGGGAGACGUGGUCUGGGAGACGUGGUCCGGGAGACGUGGUCCGGGAGACGUGGUCUGUGAGACGUGGUCUGGGAGACGUGGUCUGGGAGACGUGGUCUGGGAGACGUGGUCCGGGAGACGUGGUCUGUGAGACGUGGUCUGUGAGACGUGGUCUGUGAGACGUGGUCCGCGAGACGUGGUCUGGGAGACGUGGUCCGUGAGACGUGGUCCGGGAGACGUGGUCCGUGAGACGUGGUCAGCGAGACGUGGUCUGCGAGACGUGGUCUGCGAGACGUGGUCAGUGAGACGUGGUCAGCGAGGCGUGGUCAGCGAGACGUGGUCCAUGAGACAUGUUCUGUGUCUGAAAUGCCACCCUAGGGUUCUGAUCAAGAGUACUGCACUAUAUGGAGUAGGGGUCCAUUUCAGUGGCAGACUUGUUAUAGGGGGUAGAUUUCCCAAGGUACAGUAUAAUGAACAUCACACAGUUAAACCAUAUCUUCCUAUGUUGUGUGUACUCAUUCAAUAAUGCAAUAGUUUUAUUCAGAAAUCAUCUAACACAUAGGACAUCUGGCGCAAAAUCACACAAUCACAUAAUCACAUAAUCACACUCACAUAAUCACACAAUCACAUAAUCACAUA